AUGAGUUACCAACUGCCGACGUUCGAAGACGAGAAAGAUAAGUGGAACGCUUAUCUGGUUCGAGUAGAGGCCUACUUUGAGGGAAAUAAUGUGACAGGUGAGUCACAGAAGAGAGCGUUGCUAGUGUCUGCGUUAGGCACACGGGCUAUUGAAGUUUUGAGCGGAAGAGUAGCACCUAGGAAGCCGAACACGCUUUCGUAUAGCGAGGUGGUGAACGCUCUGGACGCCUACUACGAUCCGACGCCGAAUGAAAUUUCGGAAAGCUUCAAGUUUUUCAACCGUUCUCAGUUGGAGGGAGAGCCCAUUCAGACAUUUCUUGUUGAGAUCAGAAGGCUUGCAGAUAAUUGCAAUUUCUCGACAAUGCUGGAUCGGAUGCUCCGAGACAGGAUAGUCUGUGGAGUUAGAUCGAAGAACGUUCAAAAGCAGCUUCUAGCUCAUAAGGACCUCACACUGCAACAGGCAGAAGCAAUUGCAUUUGCAGCUGAGGCAGCGGAUAAUGACGCAAAGAACUUGUCGCGAGAACAGCCACCUGAUGGACUGCAUAGGCUUAAAGGCAAAAGAGACGCCGGCUCAAGCAAGAAGUUGGGCAAAGCAAGGGAAUGUAGACGUUGCGGUAGCUCGGAUCAUUCCGAAGAUAACUGCAAAUUUCGUGACGCCACGUGCUAUAAGUGUGGUAAGGAAGGCCACUUAGCAAAGAAAUGCAGGUCCCGACAGAGACAGCGUGGAAAAAAGCCGCAGAGGGGUAAAGGAAGGACUCUGGCAGUAACUGGUGAGGUACCCGAAGAUACCGAGAAUUCCACAGACAGUCUGACGUCACAGAUAUGGACGCUUAAAGUCCAGUGCGAGGAAGGUUUAGUGGAAGCGGUAAGGCGAAAGUUCAGCUGGGAAGGAGUUGAAUUGAUCAUGGAAAUAGACACAGGUUCACCGGUUUGCGUUGUUCCAAGAGGAGUGUACGAGAAACAUUCUCAGUUUUGGCCACGGAUUCAGAAAGCCCGGGUUAAGCUUAGUUGCUACCUUGGAAAACUGCCAGUCCUAGGAGAGAUACCAAUGAAGAUCUCAUACCGUGGAGAAACAGUGGAGGCGGCAGUGACAGUAUUAGACUGCGAGGGCCCAAGCUUGUGCGGCAGAGAUCUCAUUCAGAAGCUAAAUCUACAAGGGAUUCCUGUUUUAAGUCUCUCAGGAUUGAGAGAGAGUACAAGUCAGCAGUCUCAAGGGUUACAAGCGUUGCUGCGAGAGUUCGGAGACUUGUUUACACCGGGUCUGGGACUGAUACAGGGACCCCCUGCGCAUCUUUACCUGAAGAAAGGUGCAGUGCCUAAGUUCUACCACCAACCCUUGGUAGGUUUGCUUCGAUCGGAUCGUCCAACACCGGUCAUGGCAGCAGCACGCAUCCAACGCUGGUCACUGCUCUUAAGCGGGUAUCACUACAAGCUGGAGUACAGACCCAGCAAGACCUUACUCACUAAUGAGUUCUCUCUUGGGGACAGCGUGUUUGCCCGUAACUAUGGCACCGGAGACACGUGGGUGCCGGGUAUCGUGAAAUCGACCUCUGGAGCUAGAAUGGUGACUGUGCAGACGCCUUCAGAAACGGUUCGUCGACAUGCUGACCAGCUACGCAGCAGACACCCAAUAAACGACGAAGAUGCCGCACAUCAACCAGAUCCAGGACCACUGGAACAGCAAGCCGGAAGCAAGGAUGGAGGCCAACGACAUUGCCCGUCCGUACCAAAUGGUGAAGAGCGAACUGUUCAAAGUGCAUUGCCAGUGCGUCGAUCAAGUAGAGUAUGCAAGCCAGUUGAACGUUAUGGUUAUUAAGUUAG